GUUCACCUUCCGCAAUUGCCGCAGAAAUAAAAGUUAGAGAGAAAAGGAAGUGACUUUGAACAGAGAGUUUCUUUUUCUUGAUCAUAUAAAUAUAAUUCAGAAUUUGUAUUACUACCUCAGAACUAAACUUGACCCCCGUCAAGAUUUAGCAUAAUUUCAUCUGGGUUGGUCUUGGUUUGCAGUGAAAGCUGCUCUCAUGGUGUUGCUGUGCAACUGACACGUGUCCACCAUGGGUUGUGUGGCGUCCAAGCAAACAGUGUCGGUAACACCUGCAUUUGAUCAUUCAGGGGUUCUCAGAGACAGUGAAGAUGUCGGUUCGGGUCGUGACCGGGUCGGGAGCGGUGCUUUUGGACUGGAUUUUGAUUUGAAGAAGGUGAAGAAGAGGGCUGACUCAGGACUGAGUGGAGGUAGCGAGUUGGGUGAGUCAGGUAGGGCGAGUUCAAAUGGUUGUGGGAGUGAGUCAGUGAGCUUUAGGCUUGGGAAUUUGCAGAAAUAUGUGGAAGGAGAGCAAGUGGCUGCUGGUUGGCCUGCUUGGCUCAGUGCUGUUGCAGGGGAAGCUAUUCAAGGAUGGGUUCCUCUCAGAGCUGAGUCUUUUGAGAAAUUGGAAAAGAUUGGUCAGGGUACAUACAGCAGUGUAUUCAGAGCACGUGAUUUAGAAAGUGGAAGGACAGUUGCCCUGAAGAAGGUGCGAUUUGAUAACUUCGAGCCAGAAAGUGUUAGAUUUAUGGCACGAGAAAUUAUGAUUCUCCGCAGGCUUGACCAUCCCAAUAUCAUUAAAUUAGAGGGUCUCAUUACCUCCAGAUUGUCUUGUAGCAUGUAUCUUGUGUUCGAGUACAUGGAACAUGAUAUUUCCGGACUCCUGUCUCGUCCAGAAGUUGAGUUCAGCGAAUCACAGGUUUGCUAAC